UUGCAAGUAAUCACAUUUUGCACAAUUUACUUUGUUGUAACAUUUUAACUCGCGCAAAAGAUAAAAAAUUAUAUAUAAUAUACAAUAAAAGAAUUAAAUAAUAUAUAAAUUAAUUAUUUAAUUGCGGUCGCGGAAGCGAUGUAAGUUCACAUAUAAAUAUAUAAAGAAAAAAAAAUAUGCCCGUAUCCUAUUAAGAUAGAAGCCGUUUAGAUUUAACAAGAAGCUAGAAACAAAUAAUGGCAACAAAUACAAAACGACUUACAAAGAAGGGUGAUUCAUCUUUAACUUAAACCCUUUCACUAUCUUUAAAAGCCUGUUGUAUAUGUUACUCUAUUUAUACUAUAAAGUAUCGAAGAAAAGAAAAAAAGAAGAAAAGAUAAAGCGACUUUGAAAGUCGUUCAACCAUCCUGCACAUCAAUAAUCGAAUACCGAUCUCGAAUCGCUAGUUAAAGUAGAAAAUAUUCCAGUUCUAUGUACACUCGACGCAUACAGUUUUUGAUUCAAGCUGUAUUCAUGCAGUGUAGUCAACGAAGUAGAAAGAGAAAGAAUGAGAACGGUAUGAGGGACAUGCGCAGGAUACAUAAUAACAUUACUUACUCGAGAAGUAGAGGGGAGAGUGAAACGAUGAGAAGUAAACGAGAAAUCUCCCAGUCUAGUUUAAAACAUUUGGAAGGAGUGUUCGUGAAUUUUUCGUGAAGAAGUGCUUACGUAUAUUAUCAAUUAUUUUUUAGAAAAAUUAAAAAAUACUAGAAUACGCAAACAUCGCAAAUAAGUUUACCGUGCAAUUAAAUACGGUUUUUAACAAGCAAGCAUGCUUGUAAAGUAACUGAUAAAUCGCAAAAUUACGUCUCGCUUUUUUCUCUUUUUCAAGGUUUCUCGAGAAACUUCAGCUUUAAAAAAAAUAAAAAAUAAAUGCGCGAUAUAACAAUCAUGAACGUCAACAUAUUUGUUCCUUUAUAAAAUAAAAAGAAAAAGACAACUACAUGACAAAGACGCAAAGAAUGCUACAUUCUCAUAUUUCUUGUCGCGUUUUAUAAACGCUUAUAAGUCGCGUGGAUCACGAGUAAAGUCUUUGUCUCUUUAGUAGAGUGACAAUACUUGUAUAAUAUAUUACCUAUUGUUUUAAAUUGAACUUUGUAAAAAAGAACUAAAAUCAUUGUUACUUGAAAUCCUGUUGUAAAACCAAAGAAGCUACGAGAAAGUCGAAAAAAUGACGCUGUUAAAGUCAUUGAUGUGUUUGCUUUUUUUGCUUGGAACGUGGACAAUUAAAAGUGACAGUAAAAAUGAUAUUUCUUUGAUCGACAAGUUAAGACAUGAAUUGCUUGAGCUUGAAGUAACAUUGAAAAAGGAAUUGGAUAAUCCCAAAUGGACUCUAGCUAAAGAUUCUGAUAUAUAUUUAUAUAUUAUAAAAUUUUAUAAAAACUUCUGUGACUACAUCGAACAAUUAUUUCCAAAUAAUCAUCAGAUUCAUUUAAAUUCUUUAAAUUCAUUAUGGAUUUGGGCAAGAACACAACAAGAAACAAAAGGCAUAGAUGAAUUGUACAUGAUAUUUAGAGAAAUGCAACAUGAAGUUGUAGAUCAAAAUAUACCAGUUAAUAUAAAACGUCUAACAAAUUUUGCAAAAACUAUUUUAAACGAACCUAGUGCAUCAAUACCUAAAGCACUACAGCGUAUAGCUGACUAUAUUGUGAACCAAAAAUUAUUCAUUUCAGCUUAUCAGGAAACUUCAUCUCAAAUCUGUAGUGAACAACAAUCUCCACAACAAUUAUUAUUCAAUUUGUACAAUGCAAUUGCACUUACAGAGAUUAAAGGAUAUACAAUGAUGCAAUUUUCUUAUAUGUUGUUGCGAUUAUAUAUCAAUGGUUCAAAUUUUAAUGAAGAAUUGGAAUUACUAAAGCAACAAUAUGCUGAAAGAACAUCAGAAACAUUAAGGGCAGUAAAAACUGCAAUGGCUUUUGCUCCUCAGGAAUUUUGGAGAUGUGAUCCAACCAAACACGAGUUAGACAAGACAUAUAUGGAGUUAAAACAAUUAUUUCAAGGAUAUAUUGUUAACGAAGUUGAUAUGAAUAGUGACUCUACAUGUAGAGAAAAUUGUGCCUACUAUGGAUAUGCAAAAGUCCAUGGAUGUUACGGCAAUCAAUUCUGUGCACAACAACGAACAUGUGGUGGUAAACUUGUAAAUUGUGAAUAUAUUGACUCUGAUAUGUGGAUUUGUCCUUCGAAAAAGAGUUCAAGAAGAUAUGAGUACAUAGAAUAUGAAAAUGGUAAAAUAUAUGGACAAAAAAAGACUUGUCAAAAAUCUCUUACUAAAGUCGACAGCUGGUGGCGUUGGCUAUUUUGGCAUUGCAGUUAUUGUUUUUGUUAUUGUGAUGAUCAUAACUCAAGCUCAGAUCGAUAUUUUAAUCUACGACCAGUUAUGGCAGAUAUUAAAAAUAAUAGAGUAAUAACAGGAAUCAAAUUAACCAAAUUAAACCAAAUAAUACAUAUUCAAAUUCAAGAAGGAGAACUGCUUCCACAUGGAGAUAUAAAUUCAACUACUGUUACAUGGAAGCCAGUAGAUGCAUAUACUGUUUAUGAUUCUAAUGUUAAAAAUGGGAUCGAUUAUCAUACUAUAGUGUGGGAAAAACGAGCGAUCGAUAUGGACGAUUUAAAAUCUCCUGAAAAUCAUCUUUUAACAGGUGUAAAACUACGUAUGAUUGGUACUCGCUUAAAUUUGGAAAUAAUGGUAACUCCAUUCAAUUUCACGACAGGCAAAUUAAUACAACCAUUACAAAAAAGUUAUUGGAUAAGUAAUGACAUUACUGACAGGACGGAAUUAAAACUCAAGAAUCCAGAUAUUCCACUUCGUUCAGAGUUACAACAUAUCUCUGAUUCAGGCGUAAAUCAAUAUCUAAACUUUGCUCCUAGUGAUCGCGAAAAAGAUGCUGCACAGAGUACUAUACCAUUUUUAGACAUUCAACCAGUGGAGCCAAACCCACCAGUACCUAUAGCAGGUGCUGGGAUUUUUCAUAAGGGUAGGUCAGGCUCUGGAGGAUUUCUUGCUUUAAAAUUGAUAACGUAUAAUUUUGCUCCACAUCUACAUACUGACCUGCCACCUUCACCACCCGUUAUUGAAAAAUAUAAUGAAAUAACAGCAGUACUCAACUAAUUCGUAUUACAAUUUUUCUAAAAAAUUAAUAUUACUCUAGAAUAAUCAUAAAUGUAGUUUAAUGUCAGUGUUGUUUUUCUUUUAUAAUAUCAACUCAUAUAAAUAGAAUUAUCUUAUCUUUCUUGUUUUAAAAAAUUUGUUUUAAAACUAUUAAUUUUGUAUGUAUACAUUUUUUUAAAAAUGUAAACAGAAUAUAUAACGGUAUAAAUAAUAAUAAUAAGAAAAAAAAACAUUAAUAUUGCGUGUCGGUUUUAUACAUUUUUUCUUUUUUAAAAAUUUAAGUAUAAAUUGUGCAAUGUAUAAUAACUCAUGUAUAAAAUACUGUGUUAUUUAUAACACAUGUCCAGUUUGUAAAAUAGACAUACUAUUUUUUAAUUCGA